AUGAGGAAAAGUGCGGAAAUCUUUUACCAGGGCCAGAAGUCCUUGUUGAACAUCUUCUCGCUGUGGCCACAGGAUGAACACUGGCGGAGAAUCUGCCACCAGGUGAACUAUGUGCAUGUGAUCUGCUUCUGGGUACUGCUCUUCGAUCUGCUGCUGGUGAUGCACGUGGUGGCCAAUCUGACUGACAUGUCGGAGGUUGUCAGGGCCAUCUUUGUGCUGGCCACCAGUGUGGGACAUACGACCAAACUGCUCAGCAUUAAGGCCAACAAUGUGGCGCUGGAGGAGCUCUUCCAGCGGUUGGACGACGACGAUUUCCGGCCAAAGGGCGCCGACGAGGAGGUGAUCUUUGCGGGCGCCAGUGACAGCAGUCGGAAGCUUAGGGAUUUCUAUGGCACUCUGUCCCUGGCCGCCUUGUCCAUGGUUCUUAUACCCCAAUUCGUUCUGGACUGGUCCCACCUGCCAUUGGGCACGUACAAUCCCUUUGGCGAGAAUCCUGGCUCACCUGGCUACUGGUUCCUGUACUGCUACCAGUGCCUCGCCUUGUCCGUCUCCUGCAUCACCAACAUAGGCUUCGAUUCCCUUUGCUCCUCGCUGUUCAUCUUCAUUAAGUGCCAGCUGGACAUUCUGGUGGUGAGGCUGGACAAGAUGGGUCAGCCUCAUAGUUCUGGUUUAUUCUCCGUUGAACAGCAACUGAAGCAAAACAUCCGCUAUCACAUGACCAUCGUGGAGUUGACCCAAAUUAUCGAACGACUUCUUUGCAAACCGAUUUCGGUGCAGAUUUUCUGCUCGGUAUUGGUUUUGACUGCCAAUUUUUAUGCUAUAGCUUUGUUAUCCGAUCAGAAGUUGGCGCUCUUUAAGUAUAUCACCUAUCAGGCAUGCAUGCUGAGUCAGAUCUUCAUAUUGUGCUACUUUGCCGGUGAGGUCACCCAGCGCAGCUUGGAGCUGCCCCAUGAGCUUUACAAGACCUCUUGGGUGGACUGGAGUCGCCCCAACCGGAGGAUUGUGCUGCUCUUCAUGCAACGCCUGCACUCCACUCUGCGGAUAAGGACCCUAAAUCCCAGCCUGGGCUUUGAUUUAAUGCUUUUCAGCUCGGUGGGUUGUUCUCUUAGUUCAAUUAUUUUGCGCACUGUAGCCAAUUUCCAUAAUUAG